AUGGUACGCAAUGUUUGUAUUAUAGCCCAUGUGGACCAUGGUAAAACUACACUUGCUGACUAUUUAGUUUCUGCUAAUGGAAUUAUUUCUGCUCGCCUGGCCGGUAAACUCCGUUAUAUGGAUAGUCGAGAGGAUGAACAAAUACGAGGGAUUACUAUGAAAUCAAGUGCUAUUACUCUUUAUUAUGAACCUGUACUAAUAAAUUUGAUCGACAGCCCUGGUCACGUUGAUUUUUGCAAUGAAGUUAGUUCUGCUGUAAAUUUAGCUGAUAUUGGCAUUCUUCUUGUUGACGUGGUUGAAGGUGUUUGUGCUCAAACUGAAUCACUUAUACGUUUGGCAUUGAUCAAAAAAUUGGACAUAAUACUUGUGCUUAAUAAAAUUGAUAGAUUAAUUGUUGAACUUAAAAUGUCUGAAACAGAAGCACACAAACAUUUGCAACAACUUAUUGAAUUUAUGAAUGCCUGUCUUUCGAAAGCUAUUCAGGGUCAAUUAUUUGAAGAAGAUUGGAAAAUUUUUGACCAGGUAGAGGCCAGAAUGCAUUUUGAUCCAUCCAAAGGAAAUGUUUUGUUCGCUUCAGCACUUUAUGGCUAUGCUUUUGCAAUUGAAGAUUUUGCCGAAUUAUGGGCUAAACGUUUAAUUGCUAGACAGACAUGGCAAUCAGAAGAAACAAAUAAAAAUAAGAGGAUGGACGUUAAGGCCGAAAUAUCUGAAUUAAGAACUCAACUAGCUCAACAUCUCUUUUCCAGAGACCACUAUUUUUCAUCUAAAACAAACAAAAUUUGUUCUGAUCAAUUUGUGCUUGAACCUCUUUGGGAAGUUCAUAAGUGUGCACUUGUGGACAAAACAGUGGAUAAGUUAAGUCAAAUUGCUUCCAAGUUGUCUUUGCCAAGUUUAAAGAGUCGAAGAGGAGAUGAGGCCUUCCCAGAACUAAUGCGUAAUUGGCUUCCAUUGAGUUCUGCAAUUGUUCGUGCUUGUGCUAGAAGUUGUUCAGCACAAAAUGCUUAUAAAAUGCCACACAACGACUCUUUGUCAGAUUGGAAUAGGAUUCGAGAUUUGUUUGUUCAAAAUGAUGGAGAUGUUGGCACUUUAGUAGAUAAAACCCAAUUAUCUACUCCUUUGCCGUAUACAGCUAAUUGUUUAAGCAAAUGUGAUCCAAAUGAUCCAUUAGUGUUAGGAUUUGUUGCUAAAGCCUUUGCCGCAUCUGAUCAGGUUCAGAUUCAACGUCGUAUCUCUCUUUGCCGAGUAAUGUGUGGAACUUUAAGAAAAGGCGAUCAAAUUUUUGUUUUUAAAUCCUUACAAAAUGCUAAAAUCACUCAAACUGGACAGUCUCGACUAGAAGAAAAUGAUUGCUGGCGUGAAUUUACAGUUACUGCUUUAUUUAUUUUAUUUGGUCGUGAUCUUCUUGAAGUUGAACGUAUUCCUUGUGGACGCAUCUGUGGAGUUGAAGUUAAUGGGGGAGAGUGGAUUGGAGGUUCUUUGUUUAGCAAUCGCCAAUUAUCUCCUUCAGAAAUCCCCCAUAUGGAAGGAGCUAAACAACUUGGAAAAUUUGCUGAUCCAAUUGUUCGAGUCACAAUAAAACCAGCAAUAUCUGGGCCGGCAGAAUUUGCUGAAUUACGGGCUGCUCUUCGACAAUUAGCAGUUUUAGAUUCAGCAGUUAGUAUAGUUGAGCAGAAGGAAAAUGAAUUUUUGAUGUUAACUGCUGGAGAGGUACAUUUACAAAAAUGUAUUGAGGAUCUUAACUCGCUUGGUCAGACAGAUUUAGUUGUUUCUGAACCAAUUGUUCCUUUUCUUGAAACUUUGGUUGUUCCUGAUCAACGUUUAUCACACGCAAAAAUACUCACUGAUCACCUUACAGAAUGUUUUAUGCCUCAAUUUGGUCUGAGGAUACGUUUGAGAGCCGUCCCAUUAACUGGACUAGAACCAGAAACUAAUAAACUUUUUGAAUUGAUGGAACGUAAUAGUCAACUCAUUGAUUCUCUUAAAGAAGGCAUUUCUAAUCUUCAACAUCGUUCUAAAAUUGAAGCUUUUCGUUUAGAAUUAGCAGAACAAGCAAGUAUUAGUCUUCCUAAACUUCGUGGGUCUUGGUGGGCAAAGAAGCCUUCCGUACAAAUUCGACAACUUUUUACUGAAAAUAUUCUUGCUUUUGGACCAACAAAAGCUCGAUUAAAUAUUCUUUUCAAUAACAAUGCUUUACCUUUUUAUAAUAAUGAAGAUAAUGAAAAUAAUAAUAAAAUGAACAGAGAUUCUGAACAGAAGGAAGGAAAUACAGCGUCUAUUAGAGAAGCUAAUCUCAGUCCAUUGGAACAAGCACUAGUAGGAGGUUUCCAUAUUGCAAUGGCUCAAGGCCCUCUCUGUGAUGAACCUAUGCAAGCAAUUGGUAUUAUAAUUGAGAAUUGGAUAUUAGAAGAUAAAACUGAAAGAAAUAAUGUUGAAGUAGAGGAUACAAAAAAUGAAGAAGAAACGAGAAAUUUAGUUGAAGAUGAUGAUGAAAAUGAUAAAAGGAUAAUUGGUGUUGAAGGAACAUCUAAAGAAUUAAAUGAGAGGAAAGAAGAUAAUUUACAAAAAUGUGAUAAUUCAAUAAUAAAUUGUGAUACUCCAAGUACUUCAAAAAUAAAUGAAGAGAAAAAUGAAGAAAAGAUUAAUUUAGAAAAACGAUAUAAACAACUUUAUAUGAAUGCUCAAUUACAUGGACAAUUAAUUUCUGCUAUGAGACAAACUUGUAAAGCAGCACUUAAAAAACAUGUCGGCGCGUUAAGAUUAGUUGCAGCAAUGUACGAAUGUAAAGUACAAACACCUGAACAAAUGUUGGGAAAAGUUCAAGCAGUACUUUCAAAUAAAAGGGCAAAAGUUUAUAGUGAAGAAAUUAAUGAAAUUAGUGGACUUUUUGAAAUUAGUGCUCAUUUACCGGUUAUAGAAAGUUUUUCGUUUUGUGAUCAAUUACGUAAAAGAAGUAGUGGAAAAGCCUCAGCACAAUUAGAAUUUUCUGGGUGGCAAUUAAUUGAUGAAGAUCCAUUUUGGGAGCCGAGUACGGAGGAAGAGAUGGAAGAAUUUGGUCGCCCUAGUGUUCAAAUACAAAACCAAGCAAGACAAUACAUGGACGCUGUGCGCAGAAGAAAAGGUCUUCCAACAGAAGAUGUAAUUGUUGUUUGUGCAGAAAAACAAAGAAAUUUAAAAAGAAAUAAAUAA